AUGGCCAAAAAGCAAAAAGCUCGUUUGCUAUUGAAGCUUCUUUCCUCUGCUGGAACUGGUUCUUUUUAUGUUAAAUCAAGACCUCGUACAGCUCCAAAGCUCUCUUUUCUCAAAUAUGAUCCAAAAAUUCAAAGACGUGUCUUGUUUGAAGAAUCUAAAAUGAAAUAA